UUAACUAUAUGGUUCUUAUUCCCAUCUUUAUUUCUGUGGGUUUGUUUUACUAAAUAAGAGCCUAUAAAUAACUCUCUUCCUUCACCUCUUUUCUACACACAGCUUCUUUGCUACUACUACUCAGCUAACUCCACCUGCUCUUCUAAUACUAUAACUCUCUCUUCUCUUUACGCAAAUAGCAAAGAAUACAGAACAUGGAUUUCAAUUCCAUUUUCUUUCUACUUUUUCUUUCCACUUUCUUGAUAUUUCUUUUCCAUUCUCUUCUCAAAUUCUUUUCUCCCACACGUACUCAACAGAAAUUGCCUCUUCCUCCUGGAACUUUGGGUUGGCCUUAUAUUGGUGAAACUUUCCAACUCUACUCUCAAAACCCAAAUGUCUUCUUUGCCUCAAAGCAGAAAAGGUACGGUUCUGUUUUCAAGACCCACAUCCUAGGUUGUCCUUGUGUUAUGAUUUCAAGUCCAGAAGCUGCAAAAUUUGUUCUUGUAACAAGAGCUCAUCUUUUUAAGCCGACAUUUCCAGCAAGUAAAGAAAGAAUGUUAGGCAAACAAGCCAUUUUCUUUCAUCAAGGAGAAUACCAUACCAAAUUGAGAAAACUUGUUCUUCGUGCUUUCGUCCCUGAAUCAAUCAAAUACAUCGUCUCUGACAUCGAAACAAUUGCCAAAGACGCCUUAAAAUCAUGGGAAGGAAGAAUCGUAAACACUUUCCAAGAAAUGAAAACAUAUACAUUCGACGUUGCACUACUUUCAAUAUUCGGAAAAGAUGAAUUUCAAUACAGAGAAGAUCUAAAGAGAUGUUACUACAUUCUUGAGGAAGGAUACAACUCAAUGCCCAUUAACCUUCCUGGAACACUAUUCCACAAAGCAAUGAAAGCAAGAAAAGAGCUAGCACAGAUCUUGGCAAAAACUCUGUCCACUAGAAGGCAAAUGAAGUUAGAUAGAACUGACUUGCUUGGAUCUUUCAUGGGUGACAAAGAAGGCUUGACUGACGAGCAAAUUGCAGAUAACAUUAUUGGAGUUAUAUUUGCAGCUCGUGAUACUACAGCUAGUGUUCUAACAUGGAUUCUCAAGUACCUUGAAGAAAACCCAAGUGUUCUUGAAGCUGUCACUAAAGAGCAAGAAGAGAUAGUAAAAAGUAAAGAGGAAGGUGAUGAGAACAUCUUUCUCACUUGGGCAGAUACCAAGAAGAUGCCAAUAACUUCAAGGGUUAUCCAAGAAACACUCAGAGUUGCUUCAAUUUUGUCUUUUACCUUUAGAGAGGCUGUUGAGGAUGUUGAGUAUGAAGGAUACCUUAUCCCUAAAGGAUGGAAAGUCUUGCCACUUUUCAGAAACAUUCACCACAGCCCAGAAAUCUUUCCAGAUCCUGAAAAGUUUGAUCCUUCAAGAUUUGAGGUAGCACCAAAACCCAAUACAUUCGUGCCAUUUGGCAAUGGAACACACUCAUGUCCUGGGAAUGAGUUAGCCAAGCUGGAGAUUUUAGUUCUUCUGCAUCAUUUGACCACUAUGUACAGAUGGUCUAUGGUGGGUUCAGAUAAUGGGAUUCAGUAUGGCCCUUUUGCCCUUCCCCAGAAUGGUUUGCCCAUCAAAUUGUCGCAGAAAUUACACUGACACAAGUCAAUCAAAUCAAUGGAAUGCCUUUCUGUUUUCCUCAAAAAAUCAAAGACAAGAACAAGAGAGAGAUUAAAGGAGAAAAUUGUCAAAAUAAUAAUGUUAUAAAAAAUAAAACUCAAGUGUAUAUAAGACUCUCAUAUGGACUAAGAAAUAGAUUCAGAGGCGAAGCCAGAAUUUUAGAUUAAGAAAAAUUUUUCUUUCUUUCUUUCUUUCUUUCUUUUUUGCGCGGUAAGCAAGAGACAAGUUCAAGUCGUGGAUUGAAACCGCAGGACUUGGCACUGCAUACAUUUUAUGUUGUGUUUGUGAUGAUUUAGAAAUUGGGAGAUCAGCAAAAGAUUAGUGGAUGAUGGAAGUGGGUUUUAAUUAUUUUAUCCCAAUUGGGACUGCUUUGUAUUUAACUAUAUAGAUAAUGCUGUAAGGCAAGAUAUGAAAAUUCCAAUGUCAAAUUUUGAUAUAUACAUCUACUUUUUAUC